AUGUCCCUGCCGCCCAUCCUGCCUCCCCCCGCCCCGGCCGCUAUCCCCGCCGCCCCCCGAGCGCAGCCCAGGAAGCCGGCGGCUCCCAGGAAGGCAGCGCCACCGCCCGCCGAGGAGAAGCCACCGAGGAAGCCGCGGGGGGCGCCCCCGGAGCGGGCCGGUCCCUUCCCCAGCUCCUGGCCCUGCACCUCUCUGCAGAGGCAGCAACCGCGGAGGCCGGCCCCGGCCCCGCCACAGCCCCGCGGCCGCUCCUGCGAGACCCUGUGCGCGGAGGCGGGGGCUGGAGAGGCCGCUCUGCGCUUCUCGCUCAGCCUCCCCCCCGAGGCGGCCCUGGUGCUGCAGCGCCGCAGCCUGGAGAAGCAGCGGGGGCGGCCGAGCCCCUCCUCCGCCACCGAGCGCCUCCUGCCGGGCUCCCGGAGCAAGGCGGCCCCGGCGGUGGGGGGCUUGGCGCGGCGGGGGGCCCGGGCCGGGCCGGGGUCCAGCCCCGGGGACCUGCGCGCCCUGCUGAAGAUCUCGCUGCUGAACGAGCGGCACCGCUACGACGACGUGGAGUACGAGGAGGAGGCGGCGCCGGGGGCCGUGGCGGACGAGGGGCUGGUGCGCAAAUGCACCGAGUGGCUGCGCGGGGUGGAGAGCGCGGCCGGCCGGGACCGGGCCGACAAGCUGGAGACCCUGCCCCACCUGGGGGCCCUCUGA